AUGACAGCUUUUAAGACCCUAAUUGGAAUGUCUCCUUAUCAACUAGUUUAUGGUAAAGCAUGUCAUCUGCUAGUGGAGUUGGAGCACAAAGCAUACUGGGCAACGAGAUUCCUAAACUUGGAUGUCAAGGUUGCAGGAGAGAAAAGAUUGCUCCAACUAAAUGAAUUAGAUGAGUUUCGGUAUACUACCUAUGAGAAUGUCAAAUUUUACAAGGAAAGGGCAAAGAAAAGGCAUGAUAGGAAGAUAGGUCCCAGAGUUUUCGAGUCUGGCCAAAAGGUUUUACUUUUCAAUUCUAGGCUCAAGCUCUUCCCUAGGAAGCUCUAG